ACCCUGCAUCCUAGCAUGCCAUGGACGUUCUCGGACCACUGUUUCGGUUGGCUCCAGUUGGCACGGCCUGUCAGUGACGUGCCAGAUCAGAGCCCCAGGGAGGCUGCAUUGGAGUCAGAGAAAUCACCUCGGAUCACCGCACCGGAGUUCUAUCUGGAAAUUGCAGAUGAUUUGCCGCCUACCCAUCAGCACAAGGACACGCCUGAUGCAGUUGCCGAGAUCCACGCGAAUUUCUGUGCAUUUCAAGAGCAGAAUCAGAUUUUUGCUCCUGCAGCACCGGUGCCGCUGCCUGUGUUAAUCGUGACCGGCUCCCUGGGAAGUGGAAAGACAACCCUGAUGAAGCGGCUCAUGAAUCGACGGGCAAACUUGCGGAUUGCAGCCUUGGCUCACGACCUGGCCUCCAAAAUCAACAUUGAUGCCUCCUUUUUGGCCGCCGAGGUGCAGCCAGGCCUCGGGAAGGGGGAGUACCUUUUCCAAUCGUCAGCAUGGCGGGAUGGAGAUGUGGCCGGCCUGUCCGGUUGCGCAUGCUGCCCUGGCUUCGAUGAUGCUCUGGGCUUGGCCGUGAAGACAGCUCUGCGCGAAGGUGCAGACAGGGGCUUGUUGGACUACUUGCUGCUGGAGACCAGCGGCGCAGCGGACCCGCGCCAGAUUGUGGCAGCCUUGGAGGUGCGCUUCGGGCCUUUGGCGCGAGCCAGACUGGACCGGGUGGUCACCGUCGUGGAUGCAGAGCGGGUCCUCGCUGAGGGGCACGGUUGGUUGGACCAGAAGGCUCAGGCAUCGUGCCCUUCGCGCCGUCGAGAGGAGUGCCAGUUGCAGCUUGCUCAGCUCUUGGUGGCGGACGUCGUUUUACUGAACAAGGUGGACAUUUGCAAUGAUGAGCCCAAAGCGUUGGAGCUGCUGCGCCAACUGUGCCCUCAUGUGAAGGUCUUGAGCUGUGCCUUUGGCGAUGUACCGGUGCCAGAACUGCUCGAUGUGGUGCUGAUCUUUGCGGAUGGUGUUUCCGAAGGGGACCUUGUCGACACACGGCUUGCAUUGUCCGAUCUGACAGUGCCUCCGACAGAGAUGGCGGUGACGGAGGAGAUUGUCUCGCAGUUGCAGCCAGACUUCGAGAUGCUUGAAAGCACGGACCAGCCCGACGGCUGCGUGCGCUUCCGCCUGACAGGCCAUAGCUUUUUCAACAUCAGCAAGGACUUGGAUAUCUCGGAGCCGCCUUAUCGCAUCGACCUCGACGCUUUGAAUCGAGAUCUUGCACAAAUUGUGAAUGCCGAGAAGGGCGCCAUUUUCUUGGCCACAGGAGAGGGCCUCUGCCGUGUGGCUCGGUGGCAAGCAGGUCGCCCAAGGAAAGAGGUCGAAGAGUUCUCGCCCUGCUGUGGCCCCUGGGUUGUUUGGCGCAAGAAGGUGCAACGCUCAGCUUCGAUCCAGAGUGUGCCAUCGCCUCCUUCACCGCUGCCAGCGGUCCUUGCAGCUGCACGGGCGGAAGCUCCUACGCUGUUGCAGCGGUGUAUUUCGGUCAUGUGGCAAGUUGUCAGUGCGGCCAAUGAGUUGCAAAACAGGGUCGUCUGCGACGGAAGUGGUCGGUGGCACCGUGAGAUGGCAAACACGAUGCAGCUUCAUCCAAAGCAGAUCGGGCAGCGCUCUCACGCAGUGAAUGCAGCGGUGGAGCUGAUGGCCAACUCGUCUUGCAAUGAGGAACGGCGGCCGAGCUUCCUCCGCAAGACUAUGGCAACGGCGAUCCGAGGCAACGAGGCCCAGAAGAAGUGGAAGGCGCUGCGGCAGGGAGCCGCAAGCUCGAAUGACGUGGAGGAGUCCGAGCCCGAGGCAGAGCCUCUAGGGCAGUGCCUUCCGAACAAGCUGUCUUUAUCGCUGGGAGAUUCUGCAGAUGCGACACCCCGACGUAGCUUUAGGACAACUUCAUCCGCUGUCUUCGACGGUCCUGGCAAAGACCUUCUAUCCGACGUGCCGCUCUUCAGGGAUUGCACGGACCGGUUCCUUCAGGCCUUGUCCGACCAAGUCCACACCCGCCUGGUGCAGCCCGGAACGGACAUCUACCUUGAAGGCGAACGAGGCGACAGCUUGUUCUAUCUCUGCAGGGGCGAGGUGGAAGUCCUGCACGGCGAGGAGGUUCAAUCCACACACAAGGAUGGUGCAGUCUUCGGGGAAAUGGCGGCUGCCAGCAAGCAUCCGGCUUUGACGACGCGAUCAGCGACGGUGAGGGCAACGGCUCUCUGCGAUGUCAAGGUUCUUCAAAGAGACGACUUGCUGCAGGUCUUGAACCACUUCAGAGAAGAUGCGAAGCGCAUUCAUGAGAAGGUCGAGCGCCACGUGGAAGAGCUCCGCGAGAAGGGGGAGCUCCCCGCAAGGAAGGAGUGGUGGCGAAUGGACACGAGACGGUCAUCUGUUGCCUCGGUUGCUUCGGCGACGUCGGAGGGAUGCAAACCUCAGAAUCCUCAGAAUGCAUGGACCAGGGCUUUCUCAGGCAUGAAGCUGGCAAGGCGACUGUCACAUAUUGCGCCAACGCGGCCGCAUGCCUACACCAUGGCGAUGUCUGCCAUGACUGGCCUUACUGGCAGUGUUUGUCAUGGCCGACAUGUCCGAAGCGAGGGUUCCCCGCUCAAAGGCGAUGGUGCUCUGUUCGUGCGUCAGCACGAGAGGCAAGCCUCGAAAUCCAGCAACUUGACCGACACCCCGUACACGCCAAAAUCCACUGUGACCAGUUGGUGUCUUACGCGCCUUCUGCGGCACCUCUUGAGGUUCCAGCUCAUCAACUUCCUCGUCCAGCGGAGCAGUGCAGAAAGCCUUGACUCCGAGGUUCACGAGGUCAGCCCUUCGAUUCAAGUCCUGGAUCCAUGUGAAAGUGAGCAAGUUUCCAGAAGCGAUCCCCCAGAAGACAGCAAGGCUGAGCAAGUGCGAAGACUCUCUUUGCUCCUAGAUAUCUGGUCUCCGAAGCUUGCAGAAGCGGCAGACUCAGGCGAGCUUGUUGCGACGUUGAAGAUUCAGGACUCGAGACCGCCACCGCUGCCAUCCCUGGAACGUGCAGCCAGUGCAGCCAGACCCGGGUCCACGCCACGGAUGCCACGGCGACCUCAAAGCCAGGAGUCCAUGAUUCUCACUGCGAAGCUGCCGCGCCCACAAACCGAUCACAGGCCGAAGCGCAGGCUUCCUAGCCUUCGCGAGCAGCGGCAAAGAGCCGUCAACCUGCACCCGUUCAACCAAGGAGGCCUGGUGGCUGGAUCUGUUCAUGAAGCCACGCGGAGGGGCUUGGCUCUGGCCAACCAGGCAGCUCUACGAGUCUGCCGCCAGGAGCCCAUCAACGACGUAGCUUCCAGGCACCAGCAGGCGCGAAGAAAGCAGGCAAGGGGCAGUGACACCAGGCAUACUGCCUGCUCCAAGUUGCGUCAGCCCCAUGCAAGGAUGCCAGGAUUGAAGGCCCUGAAGGGACCCAAGGUCUGGGCGUCGCCAGAGUUGACCACACCAUACCCUACGACAUUAUGGCAAGACUUCCAAGCUCUUCGGGCACAAGAUGCAAACUGCACACUCAGCGUGUGCGCUUAG